AUGGCAACAGUCUGCCUUGAUUACCAAAACUCUUACACUCGUCCUACUACGGCGGACCUUGAGCUUACAAGCCGCGGUCUUCUGGCUCAGAAUCCCCCGUUUUCGGCCGUCUCCGGAAACCCUUUACAUUUGCCACCUCCGCCGGAGCUGUAUAACGCAGGUGGUUCACAGCUGGGUGGUACUAGGACACCGAAGAACGAUGGGAUCAAAAUGUCCGCCGGUGACGAGUCCGACCACACACCCUUGACGAGGGCCGGCCUUGAUAUAGGCGGUCUACAGCCUAGUAGUACCAGGAUUCCAGUGAACGACGUGAUUGAAAUCUCUAUCGACGAAGAGUCUGACGACGACGCCCUCGGCUUACACCGCCGUAAAGACGAUGAGGACGGUCCCGUCGUGCCGUCGCAAAUUCAGGAAAGCCGGGCAAGCACACCAUUGUUACGGGGCGACGAGAGCAUCAUCGAUCUCGAGCUAGCAGAUACCGAGCCACCCCUCCGGUCCCAGAGUCCACGGAGCGCGAGCUCCAAUUGCGGGGUUGAAACACAGCAGACAUUCGCCAGCCGCCCCCUCUCCCAGGGCCAUGAGCACCAGGACGACAGCAGCCAAAUGAGCGACCGAACACAACGUGAUCCACUGGUGCCGGGCGACACAAAAAAGCAGGAUGAAGAGGGCCGUACCGUCGUGUCGCCGCAAGCACAGGAGAGUGCGGCGGGCAUACCGCGGUUGUCCCACGAUGAGAGCAACAACGACUGUGAGCUGGCUGGUGCCGAGCAGUCCGUCCAGUCAUCCAUGCAGCCAUCCGCCAGUCAAGCCCGGCCUAUCCCUCAGCAUCUUAUCGGUCGUCGUCGACUUUGCGAUGCCGAUGAUGGGAAGGACUCUUGUCCUACGGUAGACAGCGACGCCGAGCACAGCGAGAAGGAUGAUGUUGUCGGGCCGCCGUGCCGCAAGCGCCGCAAGGUGAGCACUGUGACCGUUGCAACCGGCAGAACGGCCUCUCAGCGGCAAACCCGUCCCGACUACGGUGACUCUUCAUCGAGGGAGGCUCGGAGAUCAUCCUGGCGCCCGAAGCGCCAGGGUAAGCGCGGCGCUGCCCACCCGCUGUCGCCAUAA